AUGAAGUUACUAUUACUAAUAUCAUUAAUUAGUUUAAUUGUAACAUUUGGAAAAACACAAAAAUCAAUGGUAUUAACACAAUGGUUUAGUACAGGUACAAGAAAUGUUAAAUAUGAAACUAUCGCUAACAAUUUGAUGGAUAGCAACGGAAAUAUUGUUCCACAAAAAAUACAUGGAAGAAAAGAUGCGAAUAAUCGAAUGAUAUAUGAUUGUACCGAUAUUAUGGGAAGGAUACGACAGAACGGUGAAGAAUAUGAACGACCAAAUGGUCGUUUCAAAUAUAAAUGCGAUAAUGGAAUCGAAAUCGUUACUGCUUGCAUCGGAUCGGAAAGAGUUGCGAAAGCAAUAAUUAAAGUUAAUCAAACAUUGAUUAAGGAUGGUUUUUGGCAUAAAUGUACUCAUCAUGCAAAUAAUCAAUCAGCAAUUUAUACACAAGGAAUCUUUUUUUUUUAA